AGUUCACAACGUGCGUCCGUUUCGUUCGUUUUGUCUCGCGUCUUUUCGUGAUUUCGUUAUCGUCUUUGCGUUUUAACGGUUAUUUUUUUUUUUUCAAAAUUUAUACUCCUGACGCAGGCUGUCGAACAAGAUACGGUAUAUAAUAAUAUCUCUGACGAUUUGUUCGUCAUAAGUCACUGGAUUCUUUCGAAUUAUUCAGAUACCUGAACGCCACACGUGUCCGGAGAACGGAACCCUCACAAGUCACAGCCCACAGGGCUACGAGUUGUGUUAUUUGCAAAAAAUAUACUUUCCACCCUGUGAUUUAGAAUUUUAUUGAACGCUGGCUUGAACGUAAUGGUGCGUUACAGUAACAUGACUGGAAAUAUUAUUUUACAAUAACAGAACAAAGUCUUGAAAUACAAGAAAACACAAUAUGAUGACAAUUGGAAUUUUAACGAUCAUUGUUUUUGGCAUGUCCGCCUUUGUCGCGGAUGGGGCGAAAUGUCUCAACUCAAAAGACGUGGAAAGGUUCGUGGUGGUCAACUGUGCCUAUCAAGAAUUUCUGUCUGUACCAAGUACAGACAUUUUAAAGGACGUCGAGACGUUAAACCUAGAGCACAACUACAUCGGCAAGCUAUUUAACAACAGUUUCACCGAGUACCCGAACAUCAAGAAUCUGAUGUUGUCGUUCAACAAGGUACACACCAUCGAGCCCGGGGCGUUAGGGUCGCUUGCCGAGCUGGAAACGCUGGACCUGUCACAAAACGCCAUCAAGGAAGUGCCAGCCGGACUGCCCAAAUCGCUGAUUCAGCUAAAGCUGAACGGAAACCCGGUGUUGGACAUGCGGCAGCUGGAGACGGCCGUCGGACUGCGAGUGUUGCAGCUCAGGGGCUGUGACCUGAAAGCUUACCCGGCACUGGGCAUCAUGCCCAACCUGGUCAAUCUGGACGUGUCCGAAAACGCAGAGAUCUACGAUCUGGACCCGGCCCAGCUGGCCGUCACGUGCCGCCUGGCCCGGCUCAACGUGACGGGCGCUACCAAUCUGUUCCGACCCGGGACGCCGGGCGCUCACUGCAGAUGCCGGCGCGUCGUCCAGUGGGCCCACACGUACAAGGUGACCGUUUUCGGUUUGGGCCAAUGCCCGGACCCGCUGGCCGGAGACGGUGAGACCGACAUCCAUGACGACCCAAAGGACGAGGCCUGCGCCCGGACCCCGGAACAGGCCCUGGCCGCGUUCAAGGAGUGCAUGGCCGAGUGGGAACACCGCAACACGCCCUACUGGGCCAUCGUCUCUGGUAUCGUCAUCGUCGUGGCCUUGCUGCUGGCGCUGUGCGUGUGCAUGCGCCGCCGCCGGAGGAGACGCCGCCACGGCAACGCCGACAAAGUGCAGAGCGCCCAAUCGCCGCCGCCGUCCGAUUCCAAAGUAGCCCACAACGACUCGGCCGGCAACAACAAGACCGAACCCGCCGCGCUCUUGUCGUAGGCCGCGUGAAAUCGUCCAAUUUUCCCUGCGUUUUAAUUUUUUUUUUAACAAAUUUUACUUGCGUCGCGUAUCUUACGUAAAAUAUUGUGCUGCCCGCGUAUAAUAUAUACCUACGUCAAUGUAUUUAUACCUACAUUUUUUAUCUUAUUAUUUUCGAUUUGUUGUACCUACUGCAUGUGUUUAAAUAUCGAAGGGUAUACAAAUUAUUAUUAUUAUAUUAAAGUAAUAAUUUACAUAGGCGCGUGUAUAAUGCAUUAUGCAUGUCACGCCACAAUAUUAUAUAUAUUAUGCAUGUGCAUGUGCAUAUAAUGAUAGAUAUAUAAUUAUAGUAAAAGUAUUAAAAAAAAAAUAGUAAAAAUCAUUAAUGAUCUCUAAACGCCGGAGAUUUUCCGAUCCCUUCGGGUAGAGCGGUGAACGCAUAAAAGUCAACGAUCGCGUAAUUUGUUUUCUUAUAAGGUUUUAUUUCAUAUUAUGAUGACUAUAAUACUAUAAUGGUAGGUACG